AUGAAGGAGAAUGGUUGUGAUACGGAAGAGAAUGAAGAUCUAUUAAAGAAGAGGCUGAUGAGAACUGAUAAAAAAGUGAACUAUGCUGAGAAUGAUGUUGCACUAGAUGAGGUAGUGUUCUGGGAGAAACAUAGGAAGAUUAGGAAGAAGAAUGGGGUAUCAGCAAAUUAUGGGUUUAGGACUCGAAAAGAACAAGUUGAGCAGGGCAACAAAUUCAAGUGCACUACUAAGUUUACUAAGGAGGAGUGCUUGUUGUGUGAUCAAUGUCAUAGAAAGGGCAAGGGUCAUGUUGUAGGGUGCCUGAAAUGUAAAAGAAAGCGCUAUUGUAUCCUUUGCUUGACAAAAUGGUAUCCUAAGAUGAUAGAGGAUGACAUUGCCAAUGCUUGUCCAAUAAGUCUUGAAAAUUGCAAUUGUAAAUCUUGUUUGCGUCUACAUGCGCCAAUAAAAGACCUAAAAAUUUUAGAUCUAGAACGGUUAGAUGAAGAACAGAUGAUGGAGAGAAAGAUUAAGUUUAGGAUAAAAGGUGUACCACUGGCAGACUCAGAGGUAGAAAAUGUUGGAUGCCCUGCAGAUGAGCUCAUAUCUGAGGAUUUAAUUAGACAAAAGUCUGGAUGGAAAGCAUAUGAAGAUGGAAGAAUUUCUUGUGCUUGUGGUUUUAAUUCCAUUGGCGAUCUUGAUAUCAGUAACAAUUUAUUAAAAUGGGCAUCUCGAGAAGAUUUUAACGAUAACUAUUUGUUCUAUUCAAAAGACAAUGAGAUCAAAGAGGAUGUCUUGAAGCAUUUUCAGUACCAUUGGAAGAAAGCUGAGCCUAAAAUUGUGGGGAAGAAAGAGAAGAAAGAGCGUCCUGGUGAUUUAGAUGAAUUCCUUGUGAAGUAUCAGGUGACAAUUGUUAAUGGUACUUUGACGAUGCUACAUGGGAAGUCGUUGAAGAAUUAG